UUGGUCCAAAUGAGGAAACCCCUAGCCUGCAGGUCUGGGGAAAACUGCUAGAGUUACGGUGAAGUUGGAUAUCCAGCUUUAAAUCCUGAGGAAUUUAACCUCGACAUCUGGGAUUGCGUUUUAACUGAUGAGGAAACGUGUGUUGUAGACCAGCGCCAUGGGUGUACACGGACUGUGGAAGUUGCUGGAGAGCACCGGGAAGCCUAUCAACCCCGAGACGCUGGAGGGGAAAAUAUUGGCUGUUGACAUCAGCAUCUGGCUGAACCAGGCGCUGAAGGGCGUCCGGGAUCGUGACGGCAACACGGUGCAGAAUGCACAUCUGCUCACUCUGUUCCAUCGCCUCUGCAAGCUGCUCUUCUUCCGCAUCAGACCUGUCUUCGUGUUCGACGGAGACGCACCUCUGCUCAAGAAGCAGACUCUGGCCAUCAGAAGACAACGGAAAGAGGAGAUGAGUAAGGAGUCUAAGCAAACUCACGAGAAGAUGCUGAGGACCUUUCUGAAGAGACACGCCAUUAAAGCUGCGCUGGGAGAGACCAGUCAGGAGCCCGUGCCCAGUCUCUCUACCGGGAGGAGAGAUGAAGCAGAUGACAUGUACGUGCUUCCUGCGCUGCCUGCCCCAGUUGAGAAGGAGGACAGCCUUGACGAAGAAGAGGCACUGGACUGGGAGGAGUCUACACAAACCCUUAACAGCUGGCAAGAGAGCGUGUAUGAAGACCCUGGUGCAGUGGACAUCAACUCUGAGCAGUUCUUGCAGUUGCCCCCGGAGAUGAAGCACGAGAUCCUCAAAGACAUGAAGGAGUUUGCCAAGAGACGCCGGACCAUGUACCAGAAACCCCCAGAGAAAGCAGGUGACUUCUCCCAGUACCAGCUGGCUGGGUUGCUACAGCGACGGCAUUUGAACCUGCGGCUGGAGGGCGUGCAACAGGAAAUGAACCAGCAGUCCUCCGCAGGCCUCUCGCUCCCCGAAGACUCAGAACACAGCGUGGAGACGCGCCGCCUCGCCUCAGAGGAUGCCUCACACUACAUCCUCAUCAAGGGGUCUGAGAAGAGCACCAAGCCUGCGGAGAGCCAGCCAGCGGUCACCUCGGUCCCUCUGGAUCACCGCGGGAAGCCCAAGGGCCGCCGACGUGACGUGCUCUGGACGCCGAUCACUGAGGAGAGCUCUGAAGACGAGCGCCCGUCCUCUCCGAAACCCUCCGUGUCUGACCGCCCGUCCUCUCCGAAACCCUCCGGGUCUGACCGCCCGUCCUCUCCGAAACCCUCCGGGUCUGACCCCAACUCCUCUCCGAGACCCCCCGCGCCUGAGCGCCCGUCCACAUCAGGCGCUCAGCCCCCGUCGCCGCGGACGCUGAAGGCCAUCGAGGCGGCCAUGAUGGGCAGCAGCUCGGAGGAGGAGGAGGCCGGCGCGGAGAGAGACGCCCCCGCUGGCCCCUGGGGUCACAUGUCCCCUCGCACGCUGCUGGCCGUGCAGAACGCCAUGCUGGAGCCAGAUCGCCGAGGUCACGGGGUCAGCGCAGCGUGCUCCGACUUCCCACAAUGCACCUCCAAGGAACCUCGACGUGUAAGCGCGGAGCCUCCCCUUGAGCGGAGCAGUGUCUGCACAGAGAAGCGUCAUGGCAGCCUUUCACCACACGGUGGCGCUGUGGUCAUCAGCAGCUCUGACGAGGAGCAGGAGGACGCCGGGGCCGAUGACUCUCACGUCUCCAACGGGAACAAGAGUGUGCUCCCUCAGCACCAGCGCCAGAGGAUGGGGGAGGAGAAGGGUGCGCCUGCUGUGGCUGCCCAGCAGAGGGGAGUGGUGAGCACAGAUGCAUCAGUCCUCAGAAUUGCCUCAGAUGCAGGAGAGAAGAGCAGCACGUCAUCAGACAGUGAAUCCAGUGAGCUGGAAUCAACCACUCCCUCAAAAUCACUGCAGCAUGUCAGUGUCUCCACAGAACAAACUACCCCUGAGGAAAACCCUGGGAAGCCAAAACCAACUACCCCUGAGGAAAACCCUGGGAAGCCAAGCUCUCUCUCUAAAGUCCCCUUAGGGAAUGGACAAGGAGUCGAGUUUGAGGAGAAGGAGAGAAGACCUUCCCAAGAUGAUGUUAAAAGUGAGACCAGUGAUGAAGGUAGUACAGAAGAGAACUUUAUAGAUGUGUCCGAGGGAGAGGAGGGGAGUGAGGAGCUGCCCUCGGAUGAGUCUGAACUCAAGCCAGACGUUUCCCUGUCUGCUGCGGAUCAGCCGGAGGACGUGGUUCAUGAGGAAGAGACGGACGAGACUGAGGAGGGGACGGCAGAAGAGCCGGAAGAAGGCCCGUCACAAGAGAGUGAGGAGGAGGAGGAGGAGAAAGGACUGAGCGCCACUCCUGUAGAUAAAGAGUGGGACCAUAUAGACCUGACGGAGUUGAGGCAGCUGGAGAGCUCUCUGGAGCAGGAGCAGCAGCACCUGAGGGGGCAGCAGCAGCAGCAGGAGAGAGUAGCCGCCUCCGUCACCGGCCAGAUGUGCCAGGAGAGCCAGGAGCUCUUGCGGCUGUUUGGCAUCCCCUUCCUGGUGGCCCCGAUGGAGGCGGAGGCCCAGUGCGCUGCGCUGGACCGCGCUGACCUCACCCACGGCACCAUCACGGACGACAGCGACAUCUGGCUCUUCGGCGGCCGCCACGUCUUCAAGAACUUCUUCAGCCAGAACAAGUAUGUGGAGCACUACCAGUUUGUGGACCUUCAGAACCAGCUAGGGCUGGACCGGUCCAAGCUGAUCAACCUGGCGUAUCUCCUGGGCAGCGACUACACCGAGGGCAUUCCCGGCGUCGGCUAUGUCACAGGGAUGGAGAUCCUCAAUGAAUUUCCAGGCCCUGCAAUGGAGUCACUCAUACAGUUCAGUAAGUGGUGGGCAGAAGCUCAGCAGAAUAAGAAGCUGGUGUCCAACCCCAAGGACACCAAGGUGAAGCGGAAGCUGCGAGGCCUGCAGCUGCACCCAGGCUUCCCCAACCCAGCCGUGGCUCAGGCCUACCUGCAGCCCGCCGUGGACCCCUCGGAGGGGUCCUUCAGCUGGGGGCGCCCACAUCUGGACCUCAUCAAGGAAUUUUGUCAAGAUCGUUUCGGGUGGACACGCAGGAAGACUGAGGAGACUCUGCAGCCUGUUCUGAAACAGCUGAACUCACAACAAACGCAGCUGCGCAUCGACUCCUUCUUCCGUCUGGAGCAGCAGGAGCGCCAGAGCAUCCAGAGCCAGCGUCUGCGCCGCGCCGUCACCUGCAUGAAGAGGAAGGAGCGCGGGGAGGAAGACGAGGACCACCACGACGAGGACGAAGAGCAGCGCAAGGACACCAGGAAGGGCAGGGCCGGGCGCUCGGGGCGGACGCAGGAGCCGGUCAGUCGCCCCGUGGGGGAGGAGGAGGAGGCGGCAGUGGUGGUGACGGAGCGUAAACGUGAUGCUCCAGCGCGGGAGAAGAAAGUGGACACUCCCAAGUCCGCUCCGAAGCGCAGCGCUCGGGACACAGUCCGGCGGCCAGAUCACAGCAGCAGUGCGACGGAGUCUAAAAGUGACGCACCAGCGCGGGAGAAGAAAGUGGACACUCCUAAGACCGCACCGAAGCGCAGCGCUCGAGAGGCCGUGCAGCUAGACAGCAGCAGCAGCAGCAGCUCGGACACAGAUAGUGGGAGUGGUCAGGCCGUCGCCAUGGUCACCGCACGCUCGGUCUUCACCAGUAAACCCCAGAAGAGAGGGAGGAGAGGAGGUCGUGGGAGAAGCAGGACUGCACACUGAGAAUUAUAGUGAUCAAUACACACACGCCAACACAGUCACACACCAACACACACACACGCCAACACACUCACACGGCAACACACUCGCACGCCAACACACUCACACCAACACACACGCCAACACACUCGCACACCAACACACUCACACACCAACACACUCACACACCAACACACUCACACCAACACACUCACACUCCAACACACUCGCACGCCAACACACUCACACACCAACACACUCACACACCAACACACUCACACAUCAACACACUCACACACCAACACACUCACACACCAACACACUCACACAUCAACACACUCACACACCAACACACUCACACACCAACACACUCACACAUCAACACACUCACACACCAACACACUCACACACACCAACACACUCACACACCAACAGUCACACGCCAACAUUUAGAUCAUCAUGAUGUUUAUCGGUUAAAAAAAAAAAUCUCAGGGCUUUCUUAAGAUGUUACAACUGUGAUUGCUUUCAUUUGUCAAUGAAUUUGGUUUCAUGGAGAUAGCAGUGUUGCCCCAUAAGUGUUUGUAUGCUGAUAUUCCCUCGUCUGUCAUCCUUGGCAUCUGUAAAUGUGGCCUUAUUUAGUCAACGAGACUCGCUUUCACCAUGUGCUCAGAGUGGCUCUCAGAAGUCUCUGCAGCUCCAGGUUACAAUAGUUUUGUAAUGGUUUGUUCUUUUUCUGCCCAUUGCUUACACAUUAAAAACGAAUGCUUAGA